AUGUUGGAAAAUUUGGAUUUUCCUGCCGGAUGACGGCUCUCCCGGCUUUUUUUCGCUCUCACUGCUGGUGUUGACUGCUCACUGGGGUACCAUCAGAGUAGCAGGCAGAAGUCCUAUACCUUUCCUGCAUCGGUCAUCAUAACACAUUUUCCCUUGUGAUCGUAAGCAAGCGAAACUUUUCCUCCCAGUGUGUGGCGGAGUCGCCUGGUCCUAGCACAUAUGAAAAAGUGAAGUUAGUACCGAGAUUUUGUUUCCUACCAUCCGUAGCACAAUAUCCUAUUUCCUGGUCGUAGUGUAUUAAUCUAAGUUAUUUAGUAGAUGCUAUAAGAUCCUCAGGGAUGUGAAAAAGUUCAACACUUAGUGGUUUGUGGAUUAAUGUGAAGAAGGGUGAGAAAAAAUCACUUAUUUGCAAUCUGCAACAAAGAGUGUAGUGGCGAUUUUUAUGCAGGAUUAAAGACGUUCGAGCAAGUAUCUGCUAUUUUUUUCGGUGCCGAAACUAGUGCUAAAUAGUUAGAAUUUCAAAUUUAUAUUGUUCUACUACAAGAGGACUGCUUAUGUUUCGAAAAAUAUUUCUGUGUGAAAAAAGUGCAACAGUUAUCAGUGCAAAAGUAGAAAUCAAAAUCCACUGUUGGUCAGGGAGACGGUAACAACUAAUCGCCUAAUGCAUUAGCCUUGGUAAACAAAGUAGGUAGUGUUUCCUUAAACUAUUACUCCUGCUCUGAGGCUUCAAAGUAUUGGAAUCGUCAAAGAAAAACGAAUGAUUAUAAGUUUGUUCGGGAACCUUUUCUCGUUUCACUGGCCUUUCUUAAAUUUGUGUUAGUUGGAGAAAAUAUAAGAUUCCUUUAUCCCGCGUCCGGUUAAUUUUCCAACAAAUAAAGUGUUUCGAGAGCUUGUGUCACACAAAUUCCGAUAGCAGUUAAUUUUUCUCCAGAAAAGUGUAAAACUAAUGUGGCAGCGUUGUUCAGUUGUUUAGGCGUAAAAUACAACCAGAGAAAGGUAGUGCAGAUUGUCAAAAACAAGAGCGAGUGGAAGAAAGAGCGAGCACGCGAGUAAAACUUCUCUCGACCCGUGACCCAAGCUUUUCUGCUGCGGAAUUCUGUGGCACCCCCUGCUCCUAUCACAACCAGAACCAGAAUAACAACAUUAACAUCGAAAAUGUCGGCGAAUGAUGCGAACUUUAUGCUGUUUCCCAAAAUUGGCGAUUGUUCCUACGAUUCGUGCUACUGCGAGGAGAACGUGUGGAAGCUGUGCGAACAGGUGAAAAAGACACAUCCGGCCGAAUUGUCGAAAUGCUACGCCAUAUUCGUGUCGAACGAGAGGAGAACGGUGCCACUAUGGAGGCAGAAGGCAGGUCGUGGCGAUGAGAAACUGGUGAUAUGGGACUAUCACGUGUUCUUCAUGCACAAUCCAUCGCCCAACCGGUGUCUGGUGUUUGACUUGGAUACCACGCUACCCUUCCCAACCUAUUUCCACAAGUACGUCACAGAAACAUUCCGCUCCGACUACGCGGUGACACCCGAACAUCACAGAUUUUUCAGAGUAAUACCUGCAGAAAAAUACCUGGCGGAGUUUUCGUCCGAUAGAAGGCACAUGCGUAGACCGGACGGUUCCUGGAUAAAGCCUCCGCCGUCGUAUCCACCCAUUCAAAACAACUCCAACACGCACAGUCUUGAUGAUUUCAUCUGCAUGAAACCUGGCAAAGGACCCGGCAGCGUGUACGAUCUGCUACACUUCGUGCAACAAUUUUACAAACCGCCCGAUAGGAAUAUAACCAAAACCCAGAACUAAAUUAUGCUUAACGGGUUUGCUGCUCCGGUUACUGGUGAAGCGACGGAGAGCACCUCCUCCUACCUUCAUUUGGCUUCGGGGUACCGGCGAGUGGAGUUUGUAAUAAUAAUGAUGGGCGCGAAUUUGUUACUAUCCGUUGUUUUCAUGUUUUUGGUCGGUGGCAAGCUUAAUUAUUUCCACCAGGUGGAAAAAAUGCCGGGGAUUAACUGGAGGGGCGGGUGAAAAGUUUGCUGAAAAGGGUGUAGUGUAAAACGAAUAACAAUUUAUAGUUAAAUAUUGUACGAAGAGAUGUAACACAAAAAAGACGAUUUAAAAUUUUAUGAUGAUAUCAACUUUUUCAAUGUGAGCGCGUCCAACAAGAAGACAAAAGAGGUGUGAAAUCAUAUUUGAACGUAUGUUUUCGUGUUAUGGAUUACUAGCUAAGCAAAUGAUAGGUAAACAGUUUAACUAACAGUAAAGUUACAAUUUAUUAUUAUCAUAUUAUAUUCGAUACCUUAUACUGCAGAAGAAAGACAUGUAGGUAAUUAAGGUAACAAUCUGUGGAACAAAUGUGGCAUUUAUAACAUAAUAUAAGUGGAGCGGAGAGUAGCGGCAUGGCAAUAGAAUUGAAUGAUUGAUUAAAACACCUUUCCCAAAACUUUUGAGCACAAAUUUGUACCGCAAAAACUGAUACGACUUAUUAAAACGUAACAUACAAUGUGAAAAAAUAAUCCGUUUUAAUUCCAGUGUAUUAAUAUAUCAAUAUACUGGAAUUAAUAUGGAAGAUUUUUUCAGGUUUAAAGCAUUUAUAUGGAAGUUGUUCGAAAAACAAUGGUAGACGAAUUUGUUUAGUCUUAAUAAUAUUUUUGUUUUUGAUAGUGACGAACGUGUCAUAUUAAAAGAAGCGUCAGAUAAUUUUGAAAUACUACUACUAUGUGAUAUAAGUUGACUAAUUCCAAACAGCAAACUUUGCUUCCAUCGUGUCGUCUUCCCCGGCUUUGUCCCAUGUGUAUGAUCUUAACUCUAGCAUUUUUGUGGAUGAAAGUCGCUCUGCGAACGUUUGUAUCAACAUUUACAUUGUACAUGUUAAACCAUAUGAAUUAUUAAUCCGUAGAGACGCGUUGACCUUGUAAAAAUUUAUUAUUUUUUUUAUCUAAAAAGGGUCAGUACGCUGAUCGAAAAAAUUCUAAGGAUAAAUUUCUAAUGUCUAGGAUGCCUAGGAAGAAGUUGGGAUACAUGAACCAACUUUUGUUAAUUUUUAUAUGUAUUAUACCUUUUGCGAUAGAAUAUUCUAUAUGCAUGAAUAUGAACAAACAUUGCUUUACUACAUGCAAUACCAUUUGUAUACAAAAGUAACGUGUUUUCAAAAUUAUAUGCAUUUUUGUUAAGUAUAUCAAUCUUAUUUAUAAUCUUAUUUAUAAACAAUGAAAAAGAUAAGUAGUCAAUUCUGUUUCUUGUUGUCCAAAAUCAGCUUCAAUUACUUUUCUCGUCCUUUUUAAGUUAACGACUUAAAGUAGGAUACGAGAUAUUGUGUAUUUUACCUGCUCGACGUAUUCUAUGUCCCUUUUCAAGAUUGUAAAUUAGCGCAGACUUCAUAGUUACACUCAUAGUAUAGCCUGUUUGCGCUUAGCGUUUAUAGUUGCACAUUAUUUUGACAACCCUUAACAAAAAAUUACAAAAAUCCGAACCUAGAAGUGGUUUAUGUAUCUCCACAUGCCAUAAGCAAAUUUGAAUUAAUAUAAAGCUGGCAGGAAAUAUUUCCCUAUGCAAAUUUCUUCAUCAAAAUAACAUAUUUUGCACCUACUUACAAAAUAGAAAAGCCUUGUAAUGUUUAGUCUCACAGAAAGGACACCACAAACUUUUUCCAAAAAACGCGAGGUCUCAAUUGAGGCAACUUUUAAUCUACAAUAACUUUGAUUAUCUAUAAAAGUGACAACAAACACUUGACGCUAUCGCAAAUGCGUGUGAGGUUAGCUUACCGACAGCUAUCAAAACGCAUAAGGUUUGCAUUAAAAUUGGUGGAAUGUGACGUAAUAUCCUUAGUGGUCCACCUAUCCCCGUGAUUCAUCUAUCCUCACUCUCCCCUACCUAAUAAUUGCAAUUUUUCUACAUUUGACAUGCGCGCCGCCGCCGGCUCGUGGAAUAGUCCACUAAUUCAAAAGAGAACUUCCACUUUCAAGACAUAGUUAAUGAAAUUUGCGAUUUUGUGCCUGAUCUCAAUUUUUGCAAGUAAACGAUUACAUGGAACUUAGUGUAUUAUUCAUGGAUUAUUUAACCGGUUCAUGAUUCCUAGUAUGCUAGUUACGAGUCACCAGCAGACCUCGUGAAACAGUUCAUGAAGUAAUUAAUUUUCUGUAUGACCCUAAUAUAUUUACAUAUACAAUUUAAGGAACUCAGACUAUGAUUCACGGAUUUGAGAACUGUUUCUUGUGUGCUUUUGAAUGUCACUCUGCUCUCUGGUCUUGCAAUUUAUAUGUGAGCUAUUGUGUACAACUGUUAGCAACUAGUUCCAUAGGUGCGAACAUUAAAUGCAAGAAAACUACUGGGACCUGCAAUCUUAUCAUUCUUUUGUUAAGAUUCGAUGGAUUGUUUAGAAUGAAAUUUGCUAAGCAUCAAAAAUAUAUCACAUAGCCACAAUUCAUGUUCGUGAAAUAAUUAAGAAAACUAUAAGAUGCUGCUGAUCGGAUACAAUUUAAUUAUUCAGUUCAUAGUGUCACGUGACUCUGCGUAGAAAUUCGACGGUAAGCUCAAUACUAAAAUAUCA